AUGGUUCAGAGUCAGAUCAGCUUAUCAGUUGCUGCAAUAUCCUCAGACGCUGACCUGCAGCAUCUCACCACAUGCUGCUUACUUACAGUUGCAAGAAAAAUCAGACUGGUCUCUCACCCCCUCAGGAAGCCCCAUGGAGAGAGCAGGAAGCUGGUCCAGCGCAGGAGGAACACAUGUCCCAGUCCCCAGGACAUCACGAGGGCCCUGCAGGGCCCCGGCUCGGCCCCCAACCCCGGAGCUGCCAGCCUGGAUGAGCUCAUCCAGCGCUGCCUGAACUGCUUCGAUCCAGAGGGGAAGCUCACCAGCCCCAGGGGGUCCCAGCUGGUCGAUAUGACCCUGAUGAUGCACGGUUGGGUGGUGCCAUCUCAGAUGUUCGCCCAGAAACUUCUCACUCUUUAUAAGGAUUGUCCCUCGGAUAAGAGGGGCCUGAAGCGGACUCAGAUCUGCCACCUCAUCAGGCAGUGGAUCAGCCAGUUCCCGGCGGUGUUUGAGGCGGACCCCCUCCUGGAGCAGACCAUGGGGGACCUGUGGGCGCUGGUGCGGUCCGAUGGAGUUGAAACGCACUCCCAACUUGUCGACAACUCCUGCUUAGGCCCUCAUGCAAACAUGUUCCAGGCACCCUCGCCCUCUGUGAAGAAGAGGAAGGUGUCUCUGAUCUUCGACCACAUGGAGCCACAUGAGAUGGCCGAGCACCUGAGCUACCUGGAGUUCAAGAACUUCUGCAACGUCUCAUUCAUGGACUACCGCAGCUAUGUGAUGCGCGGCUCGGUGAGGGACAACCCCGCUCUGGAGCGCUCCGUCAUGAUGUGUAACGGGGUCUCCCAGUGGGUGCAGCUGAUGAUCCUCAGCAGACACACGGCCCAGCAGAGAGCCCAGGUCUUCACUAAGUUCAUCCACGUGGCUCAGAGACUUCGAGCUCUGCAAAACUUUAACACUCUAAUGGCAGUGACCGGGGGCCUCUGUCACAGCUCCAUCUCCCGCCUCAAAGACACCUCCAACCUGCUGACCCCCGACAUCACUAAGGCCUUGAGCGAGAUGACGGAGCUGCUCUCCUCACGCAGCAACUACAUCAACUACCGGCGGCUUUACAACGAGUGCAGCGGUUUCAAGGUGCCCAUCCUGGGCGUCCACCUGAAGGACCUGAUCUCACUGAACGAGGCCCUGCCGAACUACAUCGACCAGGACAAGAUCAACCUGAGCAAACUGCAGCACCUGUACAGCAACAUCAGUGACCUGGUGGCCAUCCACAGCUGCACGCCUCCCUUCGAGGCCAACAAAGACCUCCUGCAUCUGCUCACGCUCUCUUUAGAUUUAUACUACACCGAGGACGAGAUAUAUGAACUUUCAUACAACAAGGAACCCAGAAACACCAAGAUCCAGCCCGUCGCUCCGGUGAAAGCGCCCGUGGUGGCCGAGUGGGGGUCAGGGGUCACCCCCAGGCUCGACCCUGACACCAUAUCUAAACACGUCAAACAGAUGGUGGAUUCCAUCAUGAAAAACUACGACCAGAACCAGGAUGGAUACAUCUCGCUGGACGACUUUGAGAAAAUAGCAGCCAACUUCCCCUUCUCCUUCUGCACUCACGAAGCUGACAGGGAGGGAGAAAUCAGCCAUGAAGAAAUCACCUCUUACUUCAUGAGGGGAAUGUCGAUAUGUGCCAAGCUGGGCUACAGCUUCAAUACGCAUAACUUCCACGAAACCACGUACAAGCGGCCAACGUUUUGCGAGAAUUGUGGAGGCUUUUUGUGGGGAGUCAUCAAACAAGGAUACCAUUGUAAAGACUGUGGGAUAAACUGCCACAGGCACUGUAGAGAUCUGGUGGAAAUAGCUUGCUUAAAGAAACAUAAAAACACCACCGGGUCGUGCCCCUGCACCCCAGCUCCCGACACCAGAAUCAAGGGUAACACCUGGACAGAUAUAGAAGAGGAGGCCUUUGUCUUCCCCCAAAGUAAUGAGACAGAAAACCACCAGGGCACCGCUCUUUGGAAAAGCAACAGCAGUGAUUCCACGUCGUCUGACUGCUCCACUCAGACAGACCCUGGAGUUUGGACCCCCGAGAAGAAGGACAGGAGAGGAGUCCACCACAACUCGCUUGUUCACACAUCCCCAGAGAGAAAGAGGAGACAGGACAUGAGUCCCUGCAAGGUGAACUCACAGAGAACCCGGGGGUGCUCCAUGCCUGUUUCCUUCUUGCAGGAGAAGAUGGAGGAGAUGCAUCUCUACAAAGACAAGAGCAGAGAGCCAGACUGAGCGCUCCACCUCCAGAAACAUUUCCCACUCAUGGACACAAAAACAUCCAGACAGCACCGCCUUUCUGACCAAGCUGUCUGAUGGUGUUGAACUGAUGAACUUUCCGUUAGCAUCAGAAUACCAGCGGUCAUAUGAAUGGACUCCAUCAAAUAUGGUUGUCUUUAUUAUUUGUUUUUUGUCCGCCUUGUUGGUUUUGCUUUUUGAUCAUCUUACUGUAAUUCAUUUUGUUUAGGUGCCUUCCUUCACUGGUGCUAAGACUGUAUAAGGCCACUUAUGAUAACAGACAUAAGGGUCCUAUUUACACAAAAUAUACACAGGGUAGGAAAUGAACACUAAGCUUUACAUUUGGCAACUUUACUACAACUCUGCUCAUGAAUUCGGAAAGUAAGCCAGAAAAACAUUAACAUUUGUUUGUUGAGCCUCAGGUUGGGUGAUUUGAAAGGAUAUACAUGAGACUUUGUGCGGAAAUUGCUAUCCCGUGUAUGAGUUACCAUCUAUUUCACUUCCUGGAAACUAAACCAAGAAGCUAACAUAAAAUGGAAAUGUCAAGACAGGUCAUAUCCGUAAAAUCCAGUGGAUGAGGCUCAUUUGCUAUAUUGAGAGAUAAGUAAAUGACUCGUAUGGUGACCAUGUCACCCCCCCCCCCCCAUGAGACAUGAUGUCAUAACUCCAGUGGACAUGCUCCAAACAGCCCAACAAAUGAUUGUUAAACAUUGUGCCCUAAAAAGCUCUACAACACAUCUGAAGCGUCAUCAUAUGCCAUUUCCAUGGCGACGCAUUACUCGCCCUGAAACCCAAUAUUGCUGUUAUCUCCAGUGGACAUGGAGCAGUUGCCACAAAACGUGACGUGUUUUAGUAGUCCACGCCAAGAAGCUUUGUACGCCGAACUCUUUAAGGUGGAAAAACGUAUAAUUUAUUAUAAAAUAGAAGGACAACACUCCAAUUAAGAGGUGUGUCAUGAUCAAAGAAAUCCUAACGUUUUAGUAAAAUAAACUGCGGAAGUACUGUUCGUUUUGUGGUUACAUAUUCAGGAAGAGUUGAUCAACAUUUUUAAUUGCUACCAGCAAAAUGUAAAACGAUGUAUGCUAUGAAAGACUUCGUCCAUAUCGCCAACCCUUUGUUUGGUUAGCAAAAAGACCUUGUGAAGUGUGACCCAUAAAGCACUGAAACUAGCAGCGGAAGACGUUUAUUUCCUGCCCUGACGACAUUUUUGACUUUCAAAUGUCAACAGUUCAUUCAAGGUUCAGCAGGAUUGCACUGGGACUAUGUGUGUGCUGCAAAAUGUGCAUUUUUACUAUUAACUAAAUGCUUUCUGUUUGUCCUUUGUCCAAAAUGUAAAUCUUGUUGAAAAUAAGAAAGAUAC